ACAUUAUUGCCUACAUGUUUUGAAAGCGAGGCUGUAAUUUUUAUUCAAAACGUCUUUCAUAACUUGUGUAGACCACAUGACUUUUUCUUUGAGUUACAAUUAAAAGAAGAAGAAAAGGAAAGAAUUUCUUUGUCGGUUCGAAGAUGAGUUCAAGAAUUGGAGCCUUUAUGCUCCUGAUCUUGCUUUGCUUCCAAUUUUUAUCGGUUUCUGCUCUCACAAAUGGUUUUGACGCUUCUGCUUUACAAGCCCUGAAGGCUGAUUGGACAAAGUAUCCUGAAAGUUGGGUAGGUGCUGAUCCUUGUGGAACCAAUUGGGUUGGAAUCACAUGUACCAAUGACCGCGUUGUUUCAAUAUCACUAGGUAACCUUGACGUGGAAGGAAAGCUUUCCAGUGAUAUUGCAAGCUUGACUGAAUUGCAGAUCUUGGAUUUGUCUUACAACACUGGAUUGACCGGACCACUUCCAUCAAAUAUCGGUCAACUUAAGAAGUUGAAGAACUUGAUCCUUGUGGCCUGUAGUUUCAGUGGUCAAAUCCCUGAGUCCAUUGGAGAUCUUGAACAACUUAUAUAUCUCUCCCUGAAUUUAAAUCAAUUUAGUGGAAGAAUUCCAGCUUCCAUUGGACGGUUAUCAAACCUAUAUUGGUUUGAUAUAGCUGACAAUCAGAUUGAAGGAACGCUUCCAGUUUCUAAUGGGACUUCUUCACCUGGACUUGAUAUGCUUCUUGAAACUAAGCAUUUUCAUUUUGGAAAAAACAAGCUUUCGGGAGUUAUCCCAGAAACACUUUUCAGCUCAAAAAUGACUUUGAUACAUGUACUAUUCGAUGGGAACAACCUCACGGGGGACAUCCCAGACACCCUUAGCCUCGUUAAAACGUUGACAGUUUUACGCCUUGAUAGGAAUAAACUUACUGGCAAUAUUCCUACAAGUCUUAAUAAUCUCACAAAUCUUCAAGAACUGUACUUGGCCAACAACGAAUUUACAGGUAGUCUUCCAAAUUUAACCAGCUUGACCAGUCUCUACACAUUAGAUGUAAGCAAUAACACUUUGGAAUUCUCACCUAUACCAUCAUGGAUCUCUUCAUUACGCUCCUUGGCAACAUUAAGGAUGGAAGGGAUCAACCUUAAUGGUUCAAUACCAAACUCAUUUUUCAGCCCUCCUCAGUUGCAGACAGUUAUCCUAAAGAGGAAUCGAAUAAAUUCAGCGUUGGACUUUGGUACCAGCUAUAGCAACCAGUUGGAGUUUGUUGAUUUACAAUACAAUGACAUAGAUGUUUAUACACAACCAUCCUCUAACACACGCAUCCAAGUAAUAUUGGCAGAUAAUCCAGUGUGCCAGGAGAUGGGAAACAGUCCAAGUUACUGCUCAGCAAUCCCACACAAUACCUCUUAUUCUACCAUUCCAACAACCUGUUCUCCGUGUGAUCAUGGCAGGGAAGCGAGUCCUUUGUGCCGCUGUGCGCAUCCAUUCACAGGAACAUUCAAUUUCAGGGCUCCUUCCUUCUCAGGGUUAUUCAACUCCACCAACUUCGAAAUUCUUCAGAAGGAUAUAACUGGUUUCUUCAAUAAGUUCAGUUAUCCAGUGGACUCCGUGGCCGUCAGAAACAUAAGAGAGAACACAACAGAUCAUCAGCUUCUAAUCGAUCUUUUAGUCUUUCCAUUGGGCAGAGAGAGUUUUAAUGAGACGGGAAUGUUACUUGUUAAUUUUGCCUUUAGCAACCAGACUUAUAAGCCUCCCCCUAUAUUUGGCCCUUACAUUUUCAUAGCCGAUCCCUACACUCUGUUCUCUGAUGGAGGAGGUUCUAAGUCAUCAAACAUGGGCGUCAUAAUCGGAGCAGCAGUUGGUGGCGUGGUUCUUCUGUUGUUGUUAACUCUAGCUGGAGUUUACGCUCUCCGCCAGAGGAAGAGAGCAGACAGAGCAACUGACCAAAAUAAUCCUUUUGCCAAGUGGAGUACGAGCAAGAGCAGUAUUGAUGCUCCGCAGCUGAUGGGAGCAAAGUCUUUUACUUUUGAAGAGUUGAAGAAAUGUACAGACAACUUUUCAGAGGCAAAUGAUGUUGGGGGUGGAGGUUAUGGCAAGGUUUACAGAGGUAUUCUUCCCUCGGGGCAACUCAUUGCAAUCAAAAGAGCUCAACAAGGAUCUUUGCAAGGAGGGUUGGAAUUCAAAACUGAGAUCGAACUACUUUCAAGGGUCCAUCAUAAAAAUGUUGUCAGACUCUUAGGCUUUUGCUUUGAUCGAAGUGAACAAAUGCUUGUAUACGAGUACAUUCCAAAUGGCUCUCUUAGAGACAGUCUGUCAGGGAAGAGUGGGAUAAGGCUUGAUUGGAUAAGAAGACUCAGAAUAGCACUUGGUUCAGGGAAGGGCCUGGCUUAUCUUCAUGAGCUUGCUGAUCCUCCAAUUAUACACAGAGACAUCAAAUCAAAUAAUAUAUUACUUGAUGAAAAUCUAACUGCAAAGGUUGCCGAUUUUGGCCUCUCCAAACUUGUGGGAGACCCUGAGAAAACUCAUGUGACAACACAAGUGAAAGGAACCAUGGGCUACUUGGAUCCUGAGUACUACAUGACAAAUCAGUUGACCGAGAAGAGUGAUGUGUAUGGGUUUGGUGUGGUGAUGCUUGAGCUAUUAACCGGUAAAAGUCCAAUAGAGAAAGGUAAAUACGUGGUGAGAGAGGUGAAGAUGAAAAUGAAUAAGUCGAGGAGUUUGUAUGACCUGCAAGAACUGUUGGACACGACGAUCAUCGCAAGCAGCAGCAACCUUAAAGGGUUUGAGAAGUACGUAGAUUUGGCUCUGAGAUGCGUGGAGGAGGAAGGAGUGAAUAGACCAUCCAUGGGUGAUGUUGUGAAAGAGAUUGAGAACAUAAUGCAGCUCGCUGGGUUAAACCCGAACGGGGAUUCAGCGUCGACUUCGGCAACGUACGAGGAUGAAAUCAAAGGAUCUGGUGAUCCUUAUGGCAAGGACUCGUUCCAGUACAGUGGGAAUUUCCCAGCUUCAAAGCUCGAACCCCAAUGAUCGAUUGUUUUUUUUGUUGUUGAUAUUUUGUAAUUGACUUCAUAUUUGAAAUGCCUUGUGAAUGUGGUUGACAUGCAUGAUUUAAUUUGUUGUGUGUCACUAGUUCGUAAGUGAAAGCACGGCUAAUUUUUA